AUGUAUUUCAUUGUUAAAAUACGACAUACUCAAUCUUCUAUAAAACAAAUAUUUAGAAAUAUUUUUACUGAUGGCAUAAAAUACAAUAUAUCGAAACAAAGUAAAUUUAUAAACAAAUUUAUAAAUAAAGGCAAGUCAAACAGGAAUUUAUUAAUCCAGGAUAUCAUAAAUCCAUCUUCUGGUGCAUCAACAAAGAAGGAACUUUCUGUGCAUACAAUACGAAGAAUGAACGUUCUGAAUAAAGUUUUUAUGGAACAUAUUACAGAUAUCAUGUCUACUGGAGAGAUAGAACCUGAAAUUCUAAAUAGAAAUAUAGAAAUUUCUCAUAUAAGAAUAACUCCAGAUUUUAAACUUAUUAAUGUAUAUUGGAUAGACAAUAAUUUUAAGAAAUUUGAAAAAUCUGACACAGAGGAACUGUUAGAAAAAUGUGCCUUCCGAUUAAGACAUGAACUGACCCAACUUCAUGUUAUAGGUGUGGUACCUCCUAUUCAAUUUGUCAAGCAUAAAGGUACACAUUUAUUAAAAGAAGUAGAAGAAAAAUUGAAGAUUCUAGACUUCGGGGAAGAACAUACAUCUAGUCCAUAUUCAAAUUACAUACAUCACACUGUUACCUCUUUCGGUAUUAAUGAAGGCAUAUCUAAUAGUAAAGAGGACAAUUUUAGUGUAAACAUACCAAUAAUGAAACAUAAUGUAUUUGGAUUAGAUCAUUUUAAAAUUAUGUCAAAGAUUAAAGCUUCAUUAAAUAAAUCAAAGAAAAUUCUGAAGAAAGAAACAAAGGAAUCACUUUCUGAAUCAAAUGUUAAAGAUAUUCAGAAUUUGUUUGCUGAUAAUAAGCAACAGAAACUAUUUGCACAGUUUUUGAAACAAAGGAGAAAAGAACAAAAAAGAAACAUCAAGAAUAGACAUAAAGUAGAUGAUCAUAUUUAUAAUUAUGCAGAUGAAAAUAAUGAUCAUGAUAACAUUGAAACUAAUGAAAAUGAUUUUAUUGAUACUGAUUAUAAUGAUUUUAAUGAUUAUGAAGAAUUUGGUAGAAAAUAG